UUUUUUCUAUCUAAAUUUGAAUUUUUAAAAUUGGUUCUUAUUUAACCGCUUGAAUUUCAUGCGUUUUUUAUGAUAAUAUAAUUGUAUUAAACUUGAUCAGAAAUGGAUUAAGAAUGGCGGGAAUGAAGAAAAAGGCGAUUUCUAGGAAGGAUGUUCCAUUCAGUGUAUAAAUCUUUAUUGGGUUGCGCGGAUUUGUUUGUUGAUUCAAGGGCUUCCUCUAUUUUCACGCCCAUUUCCGUUGUCAAUUCUUGCGGAUCCUUUUGGCUCAGCCUAUUUUUGCUUCAACUCGGUGAUGAUCUCACAUGGUUCUUCUAUGGGUUCCAGGGUGGAACUGUGAUCAUUCUAAGCUGCUUUAGAAUCAUCAUCCUUGACACACAACCAUCACCUGAAUUCUGCAUUUGCCUUUCUAGAAAUGUCACAUUUUAGGAAAUCCCCCAUAAAUGUUUUAAGGCAUGCCUCAGCUCGUUCCAGUCCAAACCCAAUUGACUCCAAUGAUAAUUUAGACAAGAAUCACAAACACAACUCCUCAGGAAUCCCCUCAUCUCAUAAUGCAACUGUAGCACCAAAUCCUAGCUCGAAUCCUUUCGACGAUCAUCUCGAGAAAGAGACCGAUUCUUCUUCUUCAUAUUCUUCAUCUUCAAGUUCAUAUCCAUGGUCAUCAAGAAACAGAUACAAAAAUGAUUUCCAGGACUCAGGUGGGCUUGAGAAUCAGACAGUGGAGGAGUUGGAGAAUUAUGCUGCAUACAAAGCUGAGGAGACAACAAAAUCAGUGAACAAUUGCCUGAAGAUUGCUGAGGACAUGAAAAAAGAUGCAACCAGAACCAUGGUUGCCCUGCAUCACCAGGGUGAGCAGAUCACUCGCACCCAUGUGGUUGCUACUGAUAUUAACAAUGAUCUUAGUCGGGGGGAGAAACUUCUAGGUAGCUUAGGAGGAAUAUUCUCUAAGACAUGGAAGCCAAGGAAAGUUCGUCAGAUAACAGGCCCUGUUAUCUUUCAAGGCGAUCAGGCUGCCAUAAGCAAGAGCAACCAUUUGGAGCAAAGGGAGCAGUUGGGACUAAGCCGGGCACCCAACCCACGGCCCUCACGAGCCCCACAGCCUGAGCCAACCAACCCACUUCAGAAAGUAGAGGUGGAAAAGGUGAAACAAGAGGACGCUCUUUCAGAUUUGAGCAAUAUAUUGGGAGAGCUUAAAGAAAUGGCUGUUGAUAUGGGACAUGAACUAAACAGGCAAAAUAAAGCUUUGGAUCAUCUGUAUGAUGAUACUGAUGGCAUAACCGUCCGUGUCGAUAAUGCUAACCGACGUGCUCAUCGCUUGCUUAGAAAUUAGACUGCGAAUUUGCUAGGUCCCGUCUGUCGCCUUCGACAAAUAUGAUGGUAGAUGGCUUCUCAGUCUCUUCCUCUGUUUCUUCAUCCAAACUAAAAUCCACAUGUUUAGCUCAAAACAGUUGUGAAGAUGGUCUCUUUUUUUUGACAAUCUUCUUUAUAAUGUCUUGUUUUUCUUCUAAGACUAAGAAUGAAACUAUUGCCUUUCGAAAGGUAAUGUUUUUGUA